AUGGUUCGGAGCUUGAAGAAUCCAAAGAUGGCGAAACGCAAGAACAAGUUACGAAAGAUCCCUCAUGUAGGAGGCGUGAACCGCAUACGUGCUAUGCGCCAAAAUCCUCAUAUUUGUGCUUCUUGGGCAGAUACGGGUCAUGUUCAGAUGUGGGAUUUGAGCUCACAAUUGAAGACUUUGGUAGAAUCAGAAGCUGAAGCUAUCCGUUCCCAACACACUGAUCCAAAUCAAGCUCCUAUAUUCAAAUUUGCUGGACACAAAGAUGAAGGUUAUGCCAUGGAUUGGAGUCCUCUUGUCGCUGGAAGAUUUGUGUCGGGGGAUUGCAAGAGUAAUAUUCAUCUGUGGGAACCCGCAUCUGAUUGUACGUGGAAUAUUGAUGCGAGUCCCUUUGUUGGUCAUACUGCAAGUGUCGAAGAUUUACAGUGGAGUCCAACAGAACCAUUUGUCUUCGCCUCAUGCUCAGUCGAUGGAAAUAUUGUGAUUUGGGAUAUUCGUUUGGGAAAAUCACCUGCAGUUUCGAUCAAAGCACAUAAAGCUGAUGUAAAUGUCAUAACAUGGAACAGCCUGGCGAGCUGUAUGCUAGCAUCCGGUAGUGAUGAUGGGACAUUUUCAAUUCGAGAUCUUAGAUUGCUCAAGGAAGGAGACUCUGUAGUUGCACAUUUUGAGUACCAUAAACACCCCAUCACAUCCAUAGAGUGGAGCCCACACGAGGCCUCCACAUUGGCUGUAACUUCAUCCGACAAUCAACUGACAAUAUGGGACCUUUCCUUGGAGAGAGAUGAAGAAGAGGAGGCUGAGUUCAAAGCCACGACUAAAGAAACAGUCGAUGCCCCCACUGAUUUGCCACCUCAGCUUCUCUUUGUUCAUCAGGGUCAAAAGGAUUUGAAAGAACUUCACUGGCAUUCACAGAUACCUGGGAUGAUCAUAUCCACAGCUGCUGAUGGCUUUAACAUAUUAAUGCCUUCAAAUAUUGAAACUGCUCUUCCUGCCUCCAAGAAUACUUGA